AUUUCCUCCUUUUAUUUAUAAUAACAAAUUCAAUGUCUAAGCGUGCUAACGAAGAUCAAUUUCCUAUUUCACAAAAUAAAAAAAGUCGCUCAACAAAGGAAGGACAUGCACCUAACUGUGUGGAUGAUACAUGCAAAGGUUGUGAUGUAGGUGAAGUAGAGAUCUCUUUUGUUCGUAAAGAUGCUACAGGAAAGACGAUCGACACUGAACCUAAUGCUCAAGAGCUUUUAGCCAUGGCCAUCGAUGAGGCAGCUAAUCAAAAAUACAAUGAUAAAGAUGAUAAUGAAAAUAAUGAUAUGGCUCAUCGCCUGUUUGAUAUGGCUAUAGAAAAAUAUCAAAAAGAAGAACCUGACAAUCAUCUAGGCUAUGCUACAUGCUUAAUUGAAUUGGGUAAAGCUCUUCAAGUAGAAGAAAGUAUUCGUGAAGGUCUAGAAGUUCUUCGUGGUGAACAAAAGAAACAAAAAGGAAACAAAGAAAUUUUGCUUAAAUUAGCAGGUGCUGCUAUCAUAUUAGCUAAUUUGCUUCGUAAGAAAAAGGACACCUAUUUUGAAGAACAAGAAGCUGAACUGAAAGAUAGCGAUGGUGAAAUAGAUGAAGUAGCUUAUGAAGAACUUUUACAGAAGCAGCAAGUUUCUAGAGAGGAAAUAAAGCUAUAUAAGGAUGCAAUUAAUCAUGCUAAGGAAGCCUUUGAAGAUAUCGAAAAGGAAGAAAAUGAAUCAAUUCAAAAAGAAAUACAGACUGUUUUACAUGAAUUAAGAGCAUAUGGUCAAUUGCUUACACAACCUUUUCAUCAAAUUCACGUUAAUACUGUGCUGGACGCUGUUAUUAGUUUUAUUCAAAAACUUCCUAAAUACGAAGAAGAUGCUGAUUUGUUAAUUUUAUGGGCUGCAUGUCUUUUACAUAAAGAGAAGUUUAUAGAAAAUGAAGAUGAAAAACUUAUCGUAAUGAAAAAGAUUGAUGAUAUGUUAAUUAAAGCAAAUAAAACACAUCUUCUUCAACACGGUAAAGAGAGUGCCUGGGUUUGGGAAAUGUAUGCUAUGCUUCGUAUUAAUCAAUCUAAUUUGGCCGAAGAUGAAGACAAAGCUUUAGAUUUAUAUGAUGAAGCAAUUAAAGCUUUCAAGAAAGCACAUGCAUUGGAUCCAGACAAUCCAAAACUUUCUGAAAUGGUCAAUAUGCUUGAAGCUUCUCCAGAAGAAGAAGAAGAAUAAAUAAAAUAAAUAAACAUAUGUGUAUAUAAAUAUAUGUAUAUAUAAAUAAUACUGUAAUACGCUUUAUCUCUAUGAAUAAUACAUGCUAUAUGUAUAUAAAUAUAUAUAUUCUUUCACAUGUAAAAUAAAAAAAAAAAAUUAAAAAUAGUAAAUGC